AGCACCGUCUCUAUCCACAUCCACCCCCUCCCACACCUCCAUCCACUCGCCCAGAAUGCAGAUCUUCGUGAAGACGCUCACUGGCAAGACCAUCACUCUCGAGGUUGAGUCCUCUGACACCAUCGACAACGUUAAGGCCAAGAUCCAGGACAAGGAGGGCAUCCCUCCCGACCAGCAGCGCCUGAUCUUCGCGGGCAAGCAGCUCGAGGACGGCCGUACCCUUUCGGACUACAACAUCCAGAAGGAGUCCACCCUCCAUCUCGUCCUCCGUCUCCGUGGAGGCAUGCAGAUCUUCGUCAAGACCCUCACGGGCAAGACGAUCACCCUCGAGGUCGAGUCUUCCGACACCAUCGACAAUGUGAAGGCCAAGAUCCAGGACAAGGAGGGCAUCCCCCCGGAUCAGCAGCGUCUUAUCUUCGCCGGCAAGCAGCUUGAGGAUGGGCGUACCCUCUCCGACUACAACAUUCAGAAGGAGUCCACCCUCCACCUUGUCCUGCGCCUUCGUGGCGGUAUGCAGAUCUUCGUGAAGACCUUGACCGGCAAGACGAUCACGCUGGAGGUCGAGUCUUCCGACACCAUCGACAACGUCAAGGCGAAGAUUCAGGACAAGGAGGGGAUCCCGCCCGACCAGCAGCGUUUGAUCUUCGCCGGCAAGCAGCUCGAGGACGGCAGGACGUUGUCGGACUACAACAUCCAGAAGGAGUCUACCCUUCACCUCGUGCUCCGUCUCCGUGGUGGUAUGCAGAUCUUCGUCAAGACGUUGACGGGGAAGACCAUUACCCUGGAGGUCGAGUCUUCGGACACGAUUGACAACGUCAAGGCGAAGAUUCAGGACAAGGAGGGUAUCCCUCCGGACCAGCAGCGCUUGAUCUUUGCCGGCAAGCAGUUGGAGGAUGGACGCACUCUCUCGGAUUACAACAUCCAGAAGGAGUCCACCCUCCAUCUCGUCCUCCGUCUGCGCGGUGGUAUGCAGAUCUUCGUCAAGACGCUCACCGGGAAGACGAUCACGCUGGAGGUCGAGUCCUCCGACACGAUCGACAACGUGAAGGCCAAGAUCCAGGACAAGGAGGGCAUCCCUCCGGAUCAGCAGCGUCUCAUCUUCGCUGGGAAGCAGUUGGAGGACGGCCGCACGCUCUCCGACUACAACAUCCAGAAGGAGUCGACGCUCCACCUGGUGCUUCGUCUUCGUGGCGGCAACUGAGGUAGUUGGUCGGCCGUGGAUCUCUGGGUAGCAUUCUCUCUGUACUAUUAGCAUCAUCAUACGCAUCGCAACGCACGACAAGUCAUGACAGAACG